CAUACAACAACGCCAUGAAAACGUCUAAUAUUGAUUAUAAUUGCUAGUAACUCUACUUGGAGUCAUCUAGAAUUAUAUAUAAUUUCAAGAUGUUUUGUGUGUUUACUUUUGCCUUCUGAGGAGUUAUCCGAAAUUCGGACGUUGUUCGGUUCCUAUCAAGACAUCUAUACGAAUUUCUCCUCGCUAGAUCCUCAGGAGUGCAUACACAUACUUCCAAGUAUGAUCUGUAAAUAGCAACCUCCAGGUGGACUACGACCUUUAUCAAAAGCAUUCGAGGCCACAUAACUCUUUUUGUCAAAAACUUCACCGACAUCGUCAAAGCCAGGAGGGGCUAGUGGCAGUGUUAUGAUAGGAUUCUGACCCCUACACAGGGCCUUGCAUGAAACCCUAGUUUCUAUCUUGAUCAACAAGACUUUGUCACACAGCCUCCACACAAGUGCAGAACUUUCAGAUCAUGACACUUUUGAUCCUCCAAGUACCAGACCAACGUUCCUCUUUCUUGUGUAUGGUAAGUGUCCCUUGUUCAAACUUCAAAAUGUGUUGACACAGAUAGAAGCACAGUCUGCUAGCAAGACCAUCUCCAGACUCAGUGUACACUUGGUGAAUGGGGAGCAUGUAUUCUGCCAGCACCUUUCAGACGCCAAAUUUCCUCUGUGGAGAGAAGAGAGCCUGGCUGCACUUGCAUGGUGA